AUGGCGCCCGCUGUUCCUCGUCUGCGGAUUCUCUCAGUUGGCGGUAAUGCCGUUUCGGCGUUCCUCUCAUGGCGUCUGCAAGCAACCAAUGCUUGCGACGUCACCCUCGUCUGGAAGUCCGGCUUUGAGAGCGUCGCUCAGUACGGCAUAUCAUUUAAAUCUGCGCUUUACGGCAACGAGCGCUUCAAGCCAUAUUCAGUCGUGCGAACCCCCGAAGAUGCUGCACAUUCUUCCAAACAGCCAUUCGACUAUGUCCUGCUCUGCGUAAAAGCACUCCCCGACGUAUACGAUAUCGCAAACAUCAUCGAAUCCGUCGUAUCGCCUCAACACACGUGUAUCCUUAUGAACACCACAAACAGCCUCGGCGUCGAGUCUUACCUGGAGCAGCGGUUCCCAACCAAUGUGGUCCUGUCACUGGUGUCUGGAGCAGAAAUCUCACAAAUUGGGGCCAGCGAAUUUGAGCACAAGGGUGCGACUGAUAUUUGGGUCGGUCCUGCCAACAAGAACCCUUCGAUUCCGCCGCAGAUUCAAUCGGAUAUGGCCGAAGCCUUGGCCAUGACGCUCAGUUCUGGCCAGGUGGACUGCAAGGUGUCGCCCAACAUUCGCCAGCAACAGUUUGAGCGCAUGAUUGGCGCCAUAGCUUUCCACCCCGCCAGUGUGCUCUUCGAGACCCCCAACCACGGGGAGUUGCUGGAAAAGGUCGGCGUGCGUCCGCUCGUAACCGGUGUCAUCGACGAACUACUUGCGCUUGCUAAGGCUCAGGGAUGCACAUUCCCGGCUGACUACCGGGAAUCUACAGUCCAGCAGAUGGUACAAACAGGCAGCACUAACAGCACCAUGUACAUGGAUUUCGAAGCCAAGCGCCCGAUGGAAAUCGAGACUUAUCUCGGCUCACCAUUGAAGCUUGCGCAAGAGACUCAAGUUUCCGUUCCCCGCAUAGAAACACUGUACGCCACCCUCCAUCACAUCAACAUCGUGAACCGCACGAGACCCGCCGCAGCUCCUGCUCCUUCGCCUACCAACGGCGACCAACGCAUGCCACCUCCUAGACUCUCUUCUGCACCGUUGCCUCGAGGACCCCCGGGACCAAUGAUGAACGGUAACGGUCCGAUGAAAGGUGGCCCACGUCCUGGAAGUCGAGCUCCUUCUAUGACUGGUGCGCCGCCAAUGAUGCGCAGAGGGCCUCCCUCCGGUCCAGCCAAUGGCUACCCGCCUAGGCAGAUGAACGGAAUGCCCAAUGGCCAGCGACGACCUUCUUUCGAAGGUAACGACUUGGAAGAAUUUAGUCACUUGAUGCUUUACGACAACGUGGCGGACGAGGGCGCUUCCGGUGCUGGGUACGAGAACGGGUUGAAUGGACCUUCAUCUUCCAACGACCUUGCUCUGCGCGAGAGAGAGCUCAUGCUGCGACAGAAGGAGCUCCAGUUGAGAGAACAGGAAAUGAACAUGCGCCGUGGUCCACGUCGUGGUCCACCACCACCUCCGUCCCAUAUGGGCGGGUUUGAUGAAGACGAGGACGAGGACGAUUUCUUCGAUCCGAUGGCCUCCCGUGGGCCCGGUCCGAUGAUCGAUCCCGACAACUUUGACAUGAUGAGCGUCACCUCAAAACGAAACCGAAAGGUUCCUAGUGCGAGUCAAAUUCGGAAGAACCCUGAGAUGGCUGGUAUGGGGCCUGCUAGCGGAGGACGAUCUCGCAAUCCCUUUGCUCGCCCUGGCAUGAACAAGAACCGAACCAGCACACGGAUGAUGGCUGACGUUCCCGGCCUACACGACUCAAUCAUGAACAACCCGCUCAUGGGAUACUCGUCCAACCGAUACGGCGAUGUUGAUAGGGGCGCGAUGGGAGCUCAAUCGCGAACGAAUUCACUAACGGCAGCCCGACUUGACGAACUUCAACAGGGCGGCAGCUACGGCGCCUACCCUCCGAUGAGCCGUCGGACAAGCCAGUCUCCUGGCAACCCGCUCAGUCCCGGCCCGAGACCGAUGGGACGCCCGUCACCGCCGAACGGUUAUGCCCCAAAUGGGAUGCCGACUAACGGAAUGCCGCCCAAUGGCCGUCCGUCUCCUCCAGGUAUGAGACAACCAAUACCCCGACACCCUCCCGGCCACGGCAACGCAGUAGCACCGCAUCAAGUGGAGCAAUACGCUGGGGUGAGCCAAAACCUUUACCCGCCCAAGCCCCGUCCGCAAGUUCGCAGUCUGACAGGUUCUGCAAGCGCCAGCGCUGGGAGCGGUAGCACCCAACUAGAUUCGGAGAACUCUGCGCACAGCAGUCAGAGUAGCCUAGGCCCCCGCCCGCCUCUCGGCGUCCGUUAA